AUGUCUCGCCAGUGUAUUGCAAGGAACCAGUGCAAAACUGGGUUCAGUGCCGCUUCUGCCUUCAUCCCAAAUGCCUGCAGCACCAGCUUCAUCUCACGUUCAACUUCCCAAGGUGGAAGCUGCGGCACCGCUGCUGGGUAUGGAAGAUUUGGUGGAGGUUUUGGAAGCAGGAGCCUCUACAAUGUCGGUGGAUGCAAUAGGAUCUCCGUAGCUGGAAGGGGUGGUGGCUUCUAUGGACCUGCAGGUUUUGGUGCUGGCACUGGAAUUUCCUAUGGUUUUGGUGGCGCAUCUGGUGGUGCCUUUGGGUUUGGUGGUGGCAUGGGUGGCCCUGGAUUCCCUGCUGUUCCGACUGGGGGCAUCCAUGAAGUCUCCGUCAACCAGAGCCUUCUGAAACCUCUCAACCUGGAGAUUGACCCCAACAUCCAGAAUAUCCGUAAGGGUGAGAAGGAACAGAUCCAAACCCUCAACAACAAAUUCGCCUCCUUCAUCGACAAGGUCCGAUUCCUUGAGCAACAAAACAAGGUCUUGGAGACCAAGUGGGCCAUUCUGCAAGAACAGGGGAACAAAACCGUUAGAAACAACAUUGAGCCCCUCUUCGAGACCUACAUCAGCAACCUCAGGAGACAGCUGAACAGCUUGCUGGCGGACAGGGAGAACCUGGGAGGUGAACUGAAUAAGGUGCAAAGCCUUGCUGAGGACUUCAAGAACAAAUAUGAAGAAGAGAUCAACAAGCGCACAGCUGUCGAGAACGAAUUUGUGAUCCUGAAGAAGGAGGUGGAUGCUGCCUACAUGAACAAGACCGAGCUGCAAGCCAGGCUGGACUCCCUCAUGGAGGAGAUAAAUUUCCUCAGAGCCCUUUAUGAAGCAGAAUUGUCUCAGAUGCAGACCCAGAUCUCUGACACCUCUGUCAUCCUGACCAUGGACAACAACCGCAGCCUGGACAUGGACAGCAUCAUUGCAGAGGUCAAAGCUCAGUACGAGGAGAUCGCCAACAGGAGCCGAGAGGAGGCCGAGUCUUGGUACCAGUCCAGGUACGAGGAGCUGCAGGCUACCGCAGGCAGGCACGGGGACGACCUCCGCAACACCAAACAGGAGAUCUCUGAGCUCAACCGCCACGUCCAGAGGCUGCGGUCUGAAAUCGACAGCGUGAAGAAACAGUGCGCCAGUCUGCAGACAGCCAUCGCAGAUGCUGAGCAGCGUGGGGAGAUGGCCCUCAAGGAUGCCAAAGCCAAACUGGCUGAGCUGGAGGAUGCUCUGCAGAAAGCCAAGGCAGACCUGGCCCGGCAGCUGCGCGAGUACCAGGAGCUGAUGAACGUCAAGCUGGCCCUGGACAUCGAGAUCGCGACCUACAGGAAGCUGCUGGAGGGCGAGGAGUGCAGGCUCUCUGGAGAAGGUGCUGGUGCAGUGAAUAUCUCUGUGACCAGAACCACUGUAGGAUCAGGAUAUGGAAGUGGAAACUCUCACAGCUUUGGGGGUAGCAGCGGUAUUGGAGGUGGGGUCUGUGCUGGAGGAAUGGGCUUUGGCUCGUUCGGCUCAAGCAGACAAGGCAUGGCCGGGUCAUGCGUGGUUGGUGGAAGCAGUUCCAGCAUGAAGUACGUCUCCACCACCUCUUCAAGCAAGAGAUGCUACUAAAGUCAGACAUCAGCACUGCUAGCCCGUGUGCACCAAGCUUCCUCUCCUGCUGUGUGCAAUCUUUACUCUGUUACUUGCAAAAGGUUUGGAAGUCAAA